AUGGAGGAUGUGCUUAUAUCGGACGACGAUUCGUCGUCAGAGGAGAAGGAUUUGGCUGACGACCAUAACCCACAAGACGGAAACACGCAAACCGUGGAGUCUUCACCCGCUGGAAAUGCCGCUAACGAAGCUUCCACGAAGUCGGACGAAUCGUCUCGGGACGCGGCGCAGCAGGGCAGCAGCGAACUCAGCGGAGGCGACUUGGGAUAUGGUCCGGAGCUCCAGGCAUUCGAUGACGUCACAGAGCCGGACGACGGGAUCGCGGAAGACGCGGCAGAGGAUGCGGAGGAGGAUCCGGAAGACGAUACGGAGGACUACUCGUCUGGAAUGAUGUCGGAACUUGGGAUUAGGAGAAUUGACGAUGAUGACGAGGAUGACGAUGUGGAAUGGGAGGAGGAUCUCGAUUUUCUGGUGAAACCCGACGAGGAAGCCGCUCCGGAGAACGACGCGCGUCAUGCUGGAGUGACAGAGGAGGUUACGGGGAAAUUGGCGGAAGACGGGGGAUUGGCGGAAGGAGCAACAGCGCCAGUAGUGGUAUCGGAUCAGGCGGAACAAGGAGGGCUGUCCGUUGCUGCAACGGACGACAUCAAGGGGCCUGAGCCGCAGGUGUUCGACGAUGUUAACGAGCCUGAGGCUAAUAACGCGGAUGGGACUGAAACGGCUACAGUAAGAGACGGAAACAAGGAAGGAUCUGACGUUGAAGCUUUGGAAGAAAGCAAGGUGGAGGCGAACAGUGCGAGUGACAAUAAAGAGGGAGGAGCCAUUGACGAGGGGUUGGAGGAGAUUAUUGACAUUGAUACCGGGAUUACCAGAAACCCCAUCAGCAUGGUUCUGGAGGAGGAUAUCGAGUCUGCUACUAAAGGGGCAGAUGAAGUUCCAGACGUAGAGGGGCACCGGAGGUUGACUGAAGGAGAGCCGCUGAGGGUUCUUUGGAUGCUGGAGAAUUAA